AUGUCUGAUACAGGUCUCCCAGAAGGCUGGGAAGUGCGCCACUCCAACUCUAAGAAUCUCCCCUACUACUUCAAUGCCUCGACCAAAGAGUCUCGCUGGGAACCCCCGUCCGGAACCGACUCGAACAAGCUAAAGGCCUACAUGGCAGCCCAUCACAGCGGUCCCUCGGGCGUCGCAGGCCUGCCUGCAGAAGGCAAGAUCCGUUGCGCCCAUUUACUUGUCAAACACCGUGAUAGCCGUCGACCCAGCAGCUGGCGCGAGAGCACCAUUACACGAACCAAGGAGGAAGCCAUUGAGAUUCUCCGUGGCCAUGAGCAGCGCAUCAAGUCUGGCGAAGUACGCUUAGCUGAUCUUGCAGUAUCCGAGUCAGACUGCAGUUCCGCUCGCAAGAAGGGUGAUCUGGGCUUCUUCGGCCACGGCGAAAUGCAAAAGGAAUUCGAAGAGGCCGCUUUUGCCCUCCAACCGGGAGAGGUCAGCUCCAUUGUUGAGACGCAAUCUGGAGUGCAUCUGAUUGAGCGUCUACAAUAA